GCGCUGACCUAACCCGUCGCGUCGCUUACGAUGACCAAACAAAGCGGAUAUCCAUUCUUCAGAUGCUCUUGAGGCGUCAAGGCCUUCGGCGUCCAUCCCAGAUUAUACACACCUUUUACUGAACUACAUCCACUAUGGCCGAAGUAAACAGCUCGCUACCCCGCUCAACCUCGUUGCCGUCCUUGACCAAUCCUAUCUCGGCAAAGUAUUCGUUCCGGAAGAUGAUUGGGAAAGGCGCUUAUGGAACAGUUUGGGUUGCUCGAAACCGGGAGACGAAUGAGGAGGUGGCUAUCAAAAAGAUUGGUGCUAGAAACUUUGAGAAUGUCAUGUGGGCAAAGCGGGCGUUGCGGGAAUUGAAGCUUCUGAGGCAUCUACAUGGAAACGAUAAUAUUACUAGUUUCAUCGAUGCCGAAGCCAAUUCGGCGGAUCCCCAAGACUUUAGUGAGCUUUACCUGGUUGAGGGGCUUAUGGAGGCGGACCUCGCGCAGAUCAUCAAAUCCAAACAACGUCUUACCGAUGAACAUCAUCAGUACUUUAUUUACCAAAUUUUGCGAGGACUAAAGUGGAUGCAUUCAGCUGGUAUUGUGCAUAGAGAUCUAAAGCCGGGAAAUGUUCUGGUUAAUAGCCACUGCGAACUUCGUAUCUGCGAUUUUGGUCUCGCCCGCGGACAGCCAGAGAAAAAUGCGCAUCUGGUCCAAACAGAAUAUGUCGCUACUCGAUACUAUCGGGCACCCGAAGUUAUUCUUUCUCCCAGACAUUAUGGCAAAGCUCUUGAUUUGUGGUCGGUUGGCUGUAUAUUUGGUGAGCUCCUACUGGGCCGGGUCAUGUUCAAGGGUCAAGAUUACGUCGAUCAAUUGAAAAUCAUAUUCGAGGUCCUGGGUACUCCUCCAGACCUGGAGAGCAUGGGCUUAUGCUCGCCCAAGGUCCUCAGAUUGUUGGCAUCCUGGCGCAAGUGGACCAAAAUCCCACUCGAGAAGAUCUUUCCAAAGAAUGCGAAUCCAGGUGGCUUGGACCUUAUCGACCGACUGCUAACAUUUUCCCCAACCGAACGCAUUACGGCUCAGGAAGCUCUGACGCAUCCGUAUCUGGAAGCUUACCAUUUGGAAGAGGACGAGCCAGUCCAUCCCAAACAGUUUGAUUUCGCAUUUGAAUGGGCAGAUGAUAUUUCAAGUAUUAAGGAGCUCAUUAUCGAGGAACUGAGAGCAAUCAAAGCCGAGCAGAAGAACAAGGUUCAGAUCGAUAACUCAAAGAAGACCGACCACGAGAGGGAAAAGCUCCUCUCACCUAGACAAACAAGCCACCCACCGCAGCUUCCGGCCCAGCAACCCGAAGAUAAUGCGGCAGAGGAUCCAGCAAUUACAGAGGUACACCAAGCAGGGAGCAUAGAAGAAGAGCUUGCGGACUUGCACAUUGCAGCAUAAAGACGGUCGAGGUAUAAAUGGAUCCCACGUCCAUGUAGUUAUAAAUAAGGGAGUUAUCAGGGACAGCCAAUGGAAUAAUAUUGAAGCAAUAUAUUAUUAUUACCUCAC